AUGUCGCUGCGCAGCAGCUUCGCGCGGCUCCUCCGCAAGCAGGCGGACGCGGCGCUGCAGCUGCCCAAGGCGGCGCACGCCGUGGCGCUGCUCGGAGCGCCCUUCUCGCGGGGGCAGAAGCGGCGCGGCGUGGACCACGGCCCCGCUGCCCUGCGCGCCGCGGGGCUGGUGGAGCGGCUGGCCGGGCUCGGUUGCCAAGUGUAUGACUCCGGAGACUUGAGCUUCACUCAGGUUCCCAACGACGAGCUCUACAACAACCGGGUUUCGUACCCCCGCUCGGUGGGCUUGGCCAACCAGGUGCUGGCCGACGCCGUGAGCCGCGCUGUGGCCGCCGGACACAGCUGCGUGACUAUAGGAGGCGACCACAGCUUGGCAGUUGGGUCCAUCAGCGGCCACGCGCGGCAGUGCCCACACCUCGGCGUCAUCUGGGUGGACGCGCACGCCGAUAUCAACACCCCUCUCACAACUCCGUCUGGGAACCUCCAUGGACAACCAGUUUCGUUUCUCUUGCGAGAGCUCCAGGAUAAAAUGCCACAGCUUCCUGGCUUUUCCUGGAUAAAGCCCUGUCUUUCAGCAUCUGAUAUUGUGUACAUUGGCUUGAGGGAUGUGGAUCCUGCCGAAUAUUAUAUUUUGAAGAACUAUGACAUCCAAUAUUUCUCCAUGAGGGAAAUCGAUCGCCUUGGAAUUCAAAAAGUUAUGGAAAGGACGUUUGAGCACCUCAUGGGCAGACGACAGAGACCAAUUCACCUCAGCUUUGACAUUGAUGCUUUUGACCCCUCGCUGGCUCCUGCAACGGGGACUCCUGUUCUGGGUGGCCUGACCUACAGAGAGGGCAUGUACAUCACUGAGGAAAUACACAACACAGGCCUGCUCUCAGCUGUGGACAUGGUGGAAGUCAAUCCGCUGCUGGGCGCUUCUCCCGAGGAGGUGACGGCCACCGCCAGGCUGGCGGUGGACGUGCUGGCGGCCUGCUUUGGGCAGACCAGGGAGGGGGCGCACACUGCCUUCGACGAGCUGCCCACCCCCAGCUCUCCGGACGAAUCUGACAGAGAAGAGCAAGUGAGGAUUUAGGAGCCCACAGUGUGGGGCACCUCGGACAUUAAAGCACUCUGCUGAGGCGCUGGAGUGAACAGAUUGACUGUCAAUACUUGAUGA